AUGAAAAUCAACAGCUUCUUACUGACACUAUUCCUCUCGAUGAUUUCACCAAUUUUUUCAAUAAAAGAUAAUGCAAGAGACCUUUUUACAGCUACUGAGGAGAUGCAAAAAGCAAACUACUUCACAUUUGUAAUGCUAAUCAAAAUGUCUCCACCUGACACGAGACUUGAAGAAAAUAUAACAUUCUUGAUGCCUAAUGAUCGAAUGCUCGCCAACAUGACACUUCGAGAAGGUUAUGUUUCUGACUUCUUGUUAAGACAUUCGAUCCCAUCGCCUUUACUGUUUGACAUAUUGAAACAAUUUCCUUCUGGAACAAUUGUUCCUAGCUUAUUGCCAAAUUGCACAUUGAGAAUAUCUAACAAUGGUAGGAGGAAUUUUGGUUUCAACAAUGUGAAAAUUAUUAGCCCAAAUAUAUGUAUGGCUGGAUCUUCAAUUCGAUGUCAUGGUAUAGAUGGAGUUUUAGCAGAAACAUGUACAUUAGAAAAUAACUAUAGUGUUCCUAUACUUCCAUCUCCAUGUCCUAAUAAUAACACAAACAUUUCUUGCAAUGCAUCACCUCCAACUCCACCUCCUUUUUCUCCACCAACUCCUUCUAUUGGAGACAAACUUAAUCCUCCUAUAUGGAUGGCUCCAAUUCCAGCAAUUACAAAUAUUGAACCACAUAAAUCCGGAUCUCCUCGUUGGUUUUAUUAUGAUGCAUAUUUUAUAUGCGUAGCAUGCUUGAUGUUGUCUUCCAUAAGAAUGUAUUUGUGA